GCACAGGGGAUACAUUCUCGAUUCGUGGAAUAACAUCUCUCAGACUUUCUUCAUUUCCCAUGCCAUCAUCAAUUCAUCAUCUCUAAUCCAUUCUUCUACUGCUACUCGUGAAAAGAAUCCUAAAAUCCUCGCCCCAUUAAACCCACCCACCAAUCAAAAACACAAACAAGUCCAAAGAACCAAAAGAAGUGGAAAAAAGGCAACUCAACACUUUGUUCCUCGUCUCUCCCUGAGGGUGCAUGCCAAUUUUUGAGGUAUAGGCGUAUAAGGUGUAUCAAUUAGUUGGAUUCGAGGAAAGUCGUGGGAGAGCCAUAUAUUGUGGUGAACAUGGAUGGGACUGAUUAUAGGUUGAUUAUUAAAGAGUAUGGAACAAGUGGGAUUGUAGGUGCAGUUAUUCUCGCCAUAGCUGUGCCUCUAUUUCUCUCUGUUGUACUUGUGGGGAAGAAGAAGGCAAAACAGAGAGGAGUUCAUGAACAAGUUAGUGGUGAGGCUGGUCUUGCAAUGCGCAAUGCUAGACAGGCUAGAUUGGUCGAGGUUCCCUGGGAAGGAGCGACGACUAUGGCUGCUUUAUUUGAGCAGUCUUGUAGAAAGUAUUGGGGGCAAAGGUUUCUUGGAAGGAGAAAGUUGAUAGGAAGGGAGUUUGUGACGGCCAGUGAUGGGAGAAAGUUUGAAAAACUUCAUUUGGGGGAUUAUCAGUGGGAGACUUAUGGCCAGGUAUUUGAUCGUGCUUGCAAUUUUGCAUCCGGUCUUGUUAAAUUAGGCCAUGAUGUGGAUACACGGGCUGCAAUAUUCUCUGAAACUCGGGCUGAGUGGUUCAUUGCGUUUCAGGGAUGCUUCCGGCAGAAUGUUACCGUUGUUACAAUUUAUGCUUCCUUAGGGGAUGAUGCAUUAAUACACUCUCUGAAUGAGACUCAAGUAUCAACAUUGAUCUGUGACUCCAAGCAAUUGAAAAAGUUGGCUGCAGUAAGUUCAAGCUUGAAGACCAUUAGAAACAUUGUUUACUUUGAAGACGGAGAGGCUUCUAGUGACUCAAACACUUCUGGAAAUAUUAGCAACUGGACAGUCUUCUCAUUCUCUGAAGUAGAGAAGCUUGGUAAAAGUAAUCCUGUUCAGCCAACACUGCCUAUUAAGAAGGAUAUUGCCGUUGUGAUGUAUACUAGUGGCAGCACAGGCCUGCCAAAGGGUGUCAUGAUAACUCAUGGCAAUAUCGUAGCCACAGCUGCUGCAGUUAUGACUGUGAUCCCGAGACUUGGAAGUGAUGAUGUUUACUUGGCCUACCUGCCACUGGCUCAUGUUUUUGAAUUGGCUGCUGAGUCUGUGAUGUUGACUGCAGGUGCUAAAAUUGGUUAUGGCUCAGCAUUGACACUAACAGAUACAUCGAACAAAAUCAAGAAAGGAACCAAGGGAGAUGCUUCAGCGUUACAGCCUACUUUAAUGGCAGCAGUUCCUGCUAUUUUAGAUCGUGUCAGGGAAGGAGUAUUGAAAAAGGUUGACGAGAAGGGAGGUUUAUCCAAGCAACUCUUCAACAUUGCUUUUAAGAGACGUUUGGCAGCUAUAGAAGGAAGUUGGUUUGGGGCAUGGGGCUUAGAGGCACGACUAUGGGAUAUAAUCAUCUUUACACAGAUUCGCUCUGUUCUAGGGGGAAAAAUCAGAUUCAUGCUCUGUGGUGGAGCUCCUUUAUCUGGUGACACACAAAGAUUUAUUAAUAUCUGCAUGGGUGCUCCCAUUGGUCAAGGAUAUGGGCUUACAGAAACUUUUGCUGGAGCUGCUUUCUCGGAGUGGGACGACACUUCUGUUGGACGUGUUGGACCUCCUCUUCCUUGUUGCUACAUCAAGCUUGUUUCUUGGGAAGAAGGUGGUUACACAACGUAUGACAAACCAAUGCCACGUGGAGAAGUAGUUGUUGGCGGAUGCAGUGUAACUGCUGGUUAUUUUAAAAAUGAAGCCAAAACAAAUGAAGUGUACAAGGUUGAUGAAAAGGGCAUGCGAUGGUUUUACACAGGUGACAUUGGAAGGUUUCAGCCUGAUGGAUGCCUUGAGAUUAUUGACAGAAAGAAAGAUAUCGUCAAACUCCAGCAUGGGGAGUACAUCUCUCUAGGGAAGGUUGAGGCAGCACUUAUCACAAGCAGUUAUGUUGAUAAUAUCAUGGUAUAUGUUGAUCCCUUCCAUAAUUAUUGCGUAGCUCUUGUGGUUCCCUCACAUCAGGCCCUCGAGAAAUGGGCUGAAGAUUCUGGCAUUAGUCACAAUAACUUUUCCGAUUUGUGUAACAAAACUGAAGCUAUCAAUGAGGUCCAGAAAUCACUUUCCAAGGUAGCAAAGGAAGCAAAAUUGGACAAAUUCGAGAUUCCUGCAAAGAUCAAACUAUUGCCAGAUCCAUGGACUCCGGAGUCUGGAUUGGUUACUGCAGCUCUCAAAUUAAAGAGGGAACAGUUGAAAGCUGAGUUUAAGGAUGAGCUGGAAAAGUUAUAUGCUUGAAGAACUGUAGCCGUUGGAACUGUUCAUGAUUCGAGUCAUGUCAGUCUUGGGGAUCACAUUGGAACAUAACACGCAAUGCCUAUCACAAAGUUUUAUCUGAAUUUUCUAAUUCUAUUUUUUCUGUCGUUUUGUUUCUUUGUUUUGUUUUUCUGGAAGGAUCAGAGUGACAAUUCAGUGAAAGAUUCGUACUUGAUCAAUGUAGAAAUAGCUACGUACCAUGCUUAUUUUGCAGAAAAUGACAGCAGAUACCAAAUAACUAGUGCCUAAAAUUCUCUGUAGCUAGGACGUGGAGUAAAACGUUAUCAGUUGUUUGGUUAGCUAACUUGUAAUCUUUGUAUAAUCUUUUGGUUCACCGAAA